CACACCUGCUCAAGACAUGAGUGCCUGGAGGGAGCUGAUCGAGUGACACAAGGAACACAGGAAAACAAGUCAACACCAACACGGAUCGUGACAAAGCAUCUCCGUUGAUGCUGGAUUCCAGGAAACCCUUCACCGUGUACCAAAUUCCAAAGGUCCAAGGGUGAUUGGCUCGUGGCAGCUGGCAAUCAACGCGGGCCCGCCUUUUCCUGUCAGUGCGUCUCGCUUUGAGCCGAGAGUCUUCUGCCACUGCUGCUUACGCGUUCCCCAGCGAUGGACAGCUGCGUAUCGGCGCUUUCUCUAGCGUCGUCUCGCUGCUCGUUGACUUUGGAGGUGGACUUGUGAGCGGAUUAUAAAACUCCGCCGAGAGCGUAUUCUAACAACGGUGGAAAGCCAAUUUUGUCGUUGUUUGGCAGAAGCAAGCAGAGCAACAUGCCUGUUUCAACUCUUCUGCCUUUCACGGCCACCCCGAAUAGGAAGUCUUCCAACUCGACCUCGUUCAAGUUGACGGAGAAAUUUAUCUUGCUUUUGGUGUUCAGCGCCUUCAUUACGUUCUGUUUCGGUGCAAUUUUUUUCCUGCCCGACUCGUCCAAGCUACUCAGCGGAGUUUUCUUCCAUUCCUCUGCCGUGGAGACGAACACCCGCACCGGGCUGGACGGUGGCGGAGGUGAAUUGGGCUCGGCUGGAAGCGACGAGAAGGUCCUGGCCAAAAUUAAGAAGGACCACGAAAAAGCCUUGCUGGAGGCCAAGGAUACUCUACAAAAGCGCCCCGAUGAGAUCAAGCAGGACAUUUUGAACGAGAAGGAAAAAGUGGCCAAGGAGAGUUUGGGUCAAGGUGGGAAGGGUGGCAAUGAUUUACCUUACGUCGAGUACCAGAGACCCCCGGGGGCUACGGGACACGAACCCCUGGACCCCACGACAAGAGAGCGUCGGGCGAAAAUCAAAGAGAUGAUGAAACACGCAUGGGACAGCUACCGACGCUACGCCUGGGGUUCCAAUGAGCUCCGGCCCGUCUCCAAGCAAGGCCACUCCAGCAACCUGUUUGGAAGCAUCAAAGGCGCAACCAUCGUGGACGCUUUGGAUACGCUCUACAUCAUGGAAAUGUUUGAAGACUUUGACGCCGCCACCGAGUGGGUGGAGAAGAACCUGGACUUCAACGUGAAUGCCGAAAUAUCUGUUUUCGAGGUGAACAUCCGUUUCGUGGGAGGCCUUCUGUCGGCGUACUAUCUGUCCGGCAAAGAGGUUUUCCGCAGAAAAGCGGUGGAGCUGGGUGAAAAACUGCUCCCGGCCUUUAAAACGCCCACCGGAAUCCCUUGGGCUUUGCUCAACCUCAAGAGUGGAAUCGGUCGCAACUGGCCGUGGGCGUCAGGCGGCAGCAGCAUCCUGGCCGAGUACGGAACGCUGCAUCUGGAGUUCAUGCACCUCAGCAAACUGUCGGGAAAGCCGGAAUUUGCUCAGAAGGUGAUGAACAUCCGCAAAGUUCUCAAUCGCUUGGAUAAACCUCAGGGACUGUAUCCCAAUUACCUGAACCCAAACAGCGGCCAGUGGGGUCAACAUCAUGUGUCCGUGGGCGGACUGGGCGACAGCUUUUACGAGUACCUGCUCAAAGCCUGGCUCAUGUCUGACAAAACGGACGAUGAGGCCAAGAAGAUGUAUUAUGAUGCCCUGCAGGCCAUCGAGAGCAACCUAAUGAGGAAGUCGAGCAGCGGCUUGACGUACAUCGCCGAAUGGAAGGGGGGCCUUCUGGAACAUAAGAUGGGUCACCUGACUUGUUUCGCCGGCGGCAUGGUGGCGCUCGGUGCCGACGGGGCGCCCGACGACAAGACAGGCCACCAGAUGGAGCAAGCGGCUGAGAUCGCCAGAACCUGUCACGAGUCCUACUCCAGAACCGCUUUGAAGCUGGGCCCAGAGGCAUUCCGUUUCGACGGCGGCGUGGAGGCCAUCGCCACGCGCCAAAAUGAGAAGUACUUCAUCCUGCGGCCCGAAGUCAUCGAGACCUACAUGUACAUGUGGAGAUUUACCCACGACCCAAAAUACAGGGAGUGGGGCUGGGAAGCCGUCAUGGCUUUGGAGCAGCACUGUAAGGUCGAGGGAGGCUACAGCGGCAUCCGAGACGUCUACGGGUCCACGCCGAACCACGACGACGUGCAGCAGAGCUUCUUCCUGGCUGAGACGCUCAAGUAUCUGUAUUUGCUAUUCUCCGACGACGGCCAAGUCUCUUUGGAGCACUGGGUGUUCAACACAGAGGCUCACCCUUUGCCCGUCAUGAGGAAGGAGCCACCAGAGCGGACCAACGAGGUGGAGUAGCAACGACUUUGGGGAACCUUGUAAAACCCCACUAAGGUUUGAAUUCCUGCCAUCUGGAAGAUGACUUUUUUGACACUUCAUUUAACUGGAUCGGAGCAGACUCGUCUUUUGCGUCUUCUCUUGGGUGUUUUUUUUUUGUUUUUGUUUUUUUAUACUCAGAUGUGGUCCUGUUGUUUUUCUUGGCUUCCACAAUGACCUUUUACAUAGAGCGUUGAAAGGACAGGAUUUUUUCUGACACCGUUUUAAGUGUGACGAAGAUGGACGACAUCCCUGUGCCACGUUGUCAUUGACAUGGAACGACUAAUUUGGCCUUCAAGGGACAGAGACAAGAUGUUUCCACUCGCUGCUCAGUGGCAUCACUUUCUGUGAUCGUGUUUACAAGACGCAGUCGUCAUCGUUUCAGCUUUUGUGUGUUUGACUUAAUCAGUUUUGAUCCAACAGUGUAGCAUUGGAAGGCACUUCAAAAGCAGAAAGAAAAAGUUUGGAGGGCGGGUAGGGUGGGGCUCUUUUUGUCCUCACAUGAAAGCAUAUCGAUGAAAUAAUCGCACAUCAGAACAGCUCUCACCCAGACCUUUAAUUCGAGAUAUGACUUGAUGCUAACAAUGUAGCUUUGUGAGGCUAGUAUUAACUAGCACAGCAUGAGGUUUGCCUCCAAACAUUCUGCCUUUACAAGGGAUACAAAUGCCAUUUUCUUUUGGGAUUGUCAUGGG